GAACUUUCCGACAAGAAUUGAGGCCCAACAAGAUUUCAAGCCCAUCUAUUCAACAUCUCUCUGUGCGAACUUUCCAUUCAAAUUCCAGUAGAGUUCAACUCACACUUCGGUUCGGGCUACAUUCUGACUGAGCUUCCAAUCAAAUGCUCCUUUCUGUAACUUCAAUCCACCCAUGGAACACACUUCCAGCAUCUACCCUUGCCUCAAGAUGCAAAACCCAGAUGGAGAUUAAUCAAAUUCAUGCAAAUUUGAUCACUACUGGCCAUGUCCAUAACCCUUCACUGACCUCGAAAAUCAUACUCGACUUGGCAUUCUCUCAACACAAACCAGUUCUUGACUUUGUGAGACAUCUCUUUUUUCAAUACGAUUACAGGGACCCGUUUCUAUGGAAUGCGAUUAUCAGGUCUUUUUCACAUGGGCAAAAACCGGGACAGGCGUUCCAGUUGUUUGUUUUAAUGCUCGUAAGGGGGGUUGUGGUGGAUGAGUAUUCGUUCUCGUUAGUGCUGAAAUCUUGUUCAAGGUUGCACUUGUUAAGUGAAGGAAUGCAGGUUCAUGGUUUGAUGUUGAAGGUUGGUUUUGGGUUGGAUGUGUUUUUGCAGAAUUGUUUGAUAUCCAUGUACGUAAAAUGCGGGAUUGUUCAAUUGGGGCGGCAGGUUUUUGACAGAAUGAUUAGAAAGGAUUCCUUUUCGUACAAUUUGAUGAUUGAUGGUUAUGUAAAAUGUGGAAUGGUGAGUUUAGCUCGCGAAUUAUUUGAUAUGAUGCCGUCAGAGCUGAAGAAUUUAGUUUCGUGGAACACUAUGAUUAAUGGCUAUUUGAAGUUAGAGGACGGCUUUGAGUGCGCGUGGGAUUUGUUUGAUAAAAUGCCAGACAGAGACUUGGUUUCUUGGAACCUUAUGGUUGAUUUCUGUGCAAAGAAUGGGAAGAUGGGGUUGGCUCAGGUUUUGUUUGAUAGAAUGCCGGAGAGGGACGUUGUAAGUUGGGCUAGCAUGGUUGACGGCUAUGCUAAAGUGGGAAAUGUGGAAGCUGCCAGAAGAUUUUUUGAUGCUAUGCCAAGGGAUGUGAUUUCCUGCAACGCAAUGAUGACUGGAUAUGUUAAUAACGGAUAUUAUGAAGAAGCGCUGAACGUGUUUCAUGAUAUGUUAGGGAACACUUCUGAUUUGGCUCCUGAUAGUGUGACUUUGUUGACUGCUCUUUCUGCAACAACAAAACUGGGCUGCAUCGAUGAAGGGAUUGCCAUACAUCAGUAUAUGGAGGAAAAUGGUUUUUCUGUGAGUGGGAAACUCAGUGUCGCUUUACUUGACAUGUAUGCCAAGUGUGGCAGCAUAGAGCAAGCUCUGUAUGUAUUUGAGGGUGUUCAAGAGAAAAACAUUGAUCAUUGGAAUGCCAUGAUUGGUGCCUUGGCGAUCCAUGGCCUGGGUGAGUUAGCUUUUGAUUUGUUCAUGGAGAUGGAAGGACUUUCUCUAGAACCAGAUGACAUUACAUUUAUAGCAGUCUUGCACGCUUGUGGACAUUCUGGGAUGGUGAAGGAAGGUCUUGUUUGCUUCGAAAUUAUGAGAAGAGUUCACAGAAUUGUUCCAAAGCUCCAACACUAUGGCUGCAUGGUUGACAUCCUUAGUAGAGCAGGGCAUUUAGAAGAAGCCGCAAAAUUUGUUGAAGAAAUGCCCAUUCAGCCAAAUGAUGUGGUCUGGCGAACUCUGCUAAGUGCUUGCACAAAUCACGAGAACUUAAACGUUGGAGAGCCAGUUGCCAAGCAUCUGAUUGGAAUGGACUCCUAUGAUUCAAGUUCCUACAUACUUCUAUCGAACAUGUAUGCUCAAUCCGGCCUUUGGGACUAUGUUAGAAAGGUUAGGACGAUGAUGAAAGAAAGGGAGCUGCACAAAAUUCCCGGCAGCAGCUGGAUCGAACUCGAAGGAACUGUGCACGAGUUCUUUGUGGGCAGUGCAUCAAAUCAUAAAGAGAGAGAGAUCCUUUCUACGUUUAGUGGCUGGUCCGAACUUCGAUCAGCGCUACUCUGUAGCAAGGAUUGACAGAGCUUGGCAGGCAUAAAUACAUUCCUGUGUAUUCCAUGUAAAUUCCACCAACCAAUUUGUAAAUUCAGCAAGUUCAUAUUUUUAGCAGUAAAAAUAGGAGGAAUGGACUUAUCAAUAGCAUUAGCAAUACACAGUCGCACUCUCAAGCACCACAAAUGGAUUAUGCUCUACCGCAUCUACCCCUAAAAAUAUAACAAGGGAUUUUGGAGUUGGGAUUUCUCAAGAACAAAAAAUAUGCUGAAGAAAAAAGAGUUGUUCAACUUUCCCAGAGCAAUUCCUACGGUGACAUUCAAUUGGAGUUUGAAGAGAAACGGGUUAUUGCAUGGAGAAACGGGUUCUUCUCUCGUCAAUUGUCAAAUAAAACAACUUUUCUGCACUUCUUUUGUGACUACUUAAAUAAAAUUCAUUAACACAUUUAAAAUUGUGUUAUUGUUAGAAAACGAAAAUUAUGUACUUUAUAUGUAUAGAUUACAUAUAUGUAUAGUAUAUGACUACA